GGCGAGUGGAGAAAGCGGUGUCUAUGCCUGCUCUGAGAAGAUGAGAAGCGGUGGUCGGUAAACUUCAGCUGCGUUUGUAUGUGUUUACAGCUCAUUCGCCGGUUUAGACAUUUACGGUAGUGAAUACUAGGCGACGUUGCUCAGACCUGCACCGACAUGAGCGGCGAGUUAUCGAUCAGGCAGGCGCUCAAGGAACGCUCGCAGAAAAGGCGGGUUCUUCUCGUUCAGCAGUUGGGGGACGGCACUGCCAGCAACCUAAGCCAGAUCCUCGGCAACACCAACGAAAGGGAGCAGCUCGCGCGAGAUUCGAAGGCGGCUCAGGGAUCGAGCCGCGCGAAUGCCGAUACUUCCAAGGAUUCCAAGCAACCCAGACUCGACUGCGACGCGUCGCCGACUCAUUCCGCCGACGACGACCCGUACGGUGAGGAGAAAGUUUACACCUACCGCGAUUCGAGCACGUUCCUGAAGGGAACCCAGAGCGCGAACCCGCACAACGACUACUGCCAGCACUUCGUGGACACGGGCCAGCGGCCGCAGAACUUCAUCCGGGAUGUUGGCCUAGCCGACCGCUUCGAGGAGUACCCGAAGCUCAAGGAGCUCAUCCGACUUAAAGACGAGCUCAUCCGGGACACCGCGACGCCGCCCAUGUACCUCAAGUGCGACCUGGAAGCGUUCGACUUCCGCAGCCUGAAGUGCAAGUUCGACGUGAUUCUGGUCGAGCCUCCGCUCGAAGAGUACCAGCGCACCUGUGGAGUCUCUUCCCACACCAAGUUCUGGAGCUGGGAAGAGAUCAUGAAGCUGGAGAUCGAAGAAGUGGCCGCCUCGCGUUCUUUCCUGUUCCUCUGGUGCGGUUCAUCGGACGGCUUGGACCUGGGCCGGCUGUGCCUCCGAAAGUGGGGCUUCCGCCGGUGCGAGGACAUAUGCUGGAUCAAGACGAACAUCAAGAACCCGGUUCACCUGAAGAACCUGGAGCCCCGCGCGGUGUUCCAGCGGACCAAGGAACACUGCCUGAUGGGUAUCAAGGGCACUGUACGCAGAAGCACCGACGGCGACUUCAUACACGCCAACAUCGACAUCGACCUGAUCAUCUCGGAAGAGCCCGAGUUUGGCGGCAUCGAGAAGCCCGAGGAGAUAUUCCACAUCAUCGAACACUUCUGCCUGGGCCGUCGCCGUCUGCACGUCUUUGGCCGAGACGUGACCAUCCGACCUGGUUGGCUCACCAUCGGACCGGAUUUGACCAACAGCAACUUCAACAGCGACGCGUACAAUGCCCACUUCAGCAAGGGUUCCGACUACCUCACCGGAUGCACCGAACGCAUAGAGAUCCUCAGGCCCAAGUCUCCGCCCCCGAAGGGCGGAAAGAACGCUGGCGGACCGCCUGGACUCUCCAGAGGAGGCAAUCGCCGUGGAAGAGGAGCACCCAGAGGUCGCUGACAUAGGGCCUCCCAAUAACUGGCAACCGACGGUCGUCAUCAAUUCAGUGCUCAGUGUUUGAACACUGUGGUUGCAAGUUAAAUUGGAGGGCAAACUCUGAAGUUUCAAUGUUGAUACUCUCCUAGACAAUGAAAUGAAGCAGCGUAAUGCAACACCAUCCACUCUUUGUAAGCUAAGCUACAGUGCUUAAGUAUUGCGGGCAUGUUAAUUGACAAAGUCCAGAUUCCAGCCUAAGCUUUUGCGAGGCAUGGACAACUUACCUAUAAAGCAUCUGAAUGCCAAUGUCGGGUCCUUUUCUUUGUCUAAAUGUAGUACGUAACCAUGGUCAUAUCGGCUCGUAUUCUAUCACAGGCACCAACCAUUUUGUCGCUGUUGGCUGUUUUGUAAGUGCGUGCUACCAAUGUUAUUCAAUGUCACCCCACUUUUUUCCAUUAUGUUGCUUUUUACAUCUACUAUACAAAGUUGACGUGAAGCUGCAUGUUGUGCAAGUAUUGUGUCAAGUUUCAUUUCUGGCGGGAGUUUAUCAACUUACUGUUGCAAGUUAGGACGGAAUCGCAAUUUGUGUCAAUUCAUUUUGGACAACCAACAUAGAUCAACUUGCGCAUUGUGGGACAUGUAUUCCUGUACAGAUGCUCAGUGCGGUGUGCAUCUUUUAUACAUACAAAACAAAGUACCAAA